AAAUGCGUGUUAGCUGUGACUCACAUUCUGCUCGUCAAAAUAACAGGGCUGACAGUGAGUAGCAGUCGGGGAGGACAAAAGAGAACAGGGAGGCAGCUCCAUCACACACAAACAGGCCCGAGUGAUGUUCAUUUUCCAGCAGAAGCAUCUUUCCAUCAGAAAGUUCGUCAUGAGCAGCGUGCAGCAAGAACGAGCAGAGCUUUGAGACACGGGAGCACUUACCCCAGACGCCCGCCCACGUCAGCACUGAGUCAGCUCUUUAACAACGUAAAGUUUCACCUCUGAAAUGCAGUGUUACUCUGACAGGUAGCUGCAGGUGAGUAAUUGGGGGAACAUUUGUUGGAGAUUUCUGUGACUAAGGUAAUUUUGGAAUAUUUUAAUGUACACCAACUUUUAUUUUUGACUGUCCAUAUGAAAAGCACAUCUUUAUUGGUUAAAUUAAAUAUUUGUUUAUCCGUCAAACCAAUCAACACCCUGCUGCUAGCACACCGCCAGAUUCGGAGGCAGAACAUCCUCUGGAAUACUGAAAUAUCACCGUCUCCUCACUGCUCAUGUGUCAUUUGCAACUAAUUAAAUUGUGAGAAAUCAUUUGCACAUUUUUUUCUGCUGUAAUUAGUAUUAGAAACUCAUGAAUAGAUUAAUGUCCCUGUUGUUAAUUAGACUCUCCUCCUGCUAAGUUUGCGAACUUGUGGAUUCUGCUAACAGUGCAGGUAUUGUUUUUUAUUUAUUUUUUCUCCCCCCCCCGACCAAAAUUCCUAAUGGCUUUUGCUAUUCACAGGUGUUUAAUGAAGCACACAGCAGAUGACAACCCUCUACGAGUGUUUGCGUUAACUCCUCUGUUCUGCUGCUGAAAUCAGAGCGACGGUCUGAGGAAUCCUCUGCAGAGGGAGCAGCUUUCACACUCCUUCAUGAAGGCCCGCUUCAGGCUCCUCAGUCAUUGCUGCUGCGUUUCCUUGAGGAUUUGGCUCAGCUGAAGUUGAACUGAACUGCAGAGCAGCACAUCAAAGCCCCACCCUCUUGUUGGAGUGCCCCACUGAGACUGCAGGAGGUUGGACGUGUGGUCUUCUCCGUACCGCCACCUUAACAAGCUCCCGGGCUGCACUCUGAGGGGAGCCGCACAUCAAAUCUGUCUUUCUGUACCUCAGCUAGAGGUAAGAUGAGUGAUCUCCCAGAGCAGGGAUCCCCUUUUCCUCCCCCACUCAGCGGCUCUCCUCCCCUCUCUCUGCCGUGGCGGCCAGCCCAUAAAUCAAUUAACUCCUUUCAAGUCAGAUCAAAGGCCCAAUACACCGUCCAGGUCUGUCCAAAACCUGCGGGACAAUUAACUCUCCCUUUGGACAGCGACCAGGCUGGACAAAUGAAGGGAGGCUGCUGCCACCGUUCACAUAUGUGCAGCUAUUCUCUCAGUGAACAGCAGAGGGCAACGCCAACAAUCUCUUCUCUGUUUACCAAACUGGGCUACAGGUCAUCGCCUUGAUGCUUCACAAAGGAUACCAGAACAACACGCAGCCAAGGUCUGGUGUCACUGGAGCGCCUCUCCGCGGGAGAACAGUCCGAGACGUGCAUCAUGCUGGACGGCAUAAAAAUUGAAGAUCAUCCCCUGCGAUCGGGACAAGCCACGCUGGGAGUCAUGCUCGGCUCUGAAUGUCAUCAUAGAUCGGUGUGUGAAGGAUGCCAGCGUCCCAUCUCCGACCGCUUCUUGAUGAGAGUCAACGAUUCCUCAUGGCACGAAGAGUGUUUGCAGUGCACCGUGUGUCAACAGCCUCUCACCACCAGCUGUUACUUCAGAGAAAGGAAACUUUACUGCAAACACGACUACCAACAGUUGUUUGCGACCAAAUGCAGCGGCUGCAUGGAGAAAAUUGCCCCCACGGAGUUUGUGAUGCGGGCUCUGGAGUGCGUCUACCACCUGAACUGCUUCUGCUGCUGCGUGUGCGACCGCCAGCUGAGGAAGGGCGACGAGUUUGUCCUGAAGGAGGGUCAGCUGCUCUGCAAGAUCGACUACGAGAGGGAAAAAGACUUACUCAGCUCCGUCAGCCCGGAUGACUCAGACUCAGAGAAAAGUGACGAUGAGGAGUUGGACAUCAAGCCAGAGAAAGGCAUAGGAAGCCAGGGGAAGGGGGAUGAUGGGAAGGAUCCAAGGAGGCCUAAAAGACCACGAACCAUUCUGACCACUCAGCAGAGACGGGCCUUCAAGGCCUCCUUUGAGGUGUCCUCAAAACCCUGCAGAAAGGUGAGGGAGACGCUGGCUGCUGAGACAGGACUCAGCGUUCGGGUGGUCCAGGUGUGGUUUCAGAACCAAAGAGCUAAGAUGAAGAAGUUGGCCAGAAGACAGCAGCAACAACAAGAACAACAGAAUUCUCAAAGACUUGGCCAAGAGGUGAUGUCUAAUCGGAUGGAGGGGAUGAUGAACUCCUUCACACCCCUGGCUCCGCCGCAGCAGCAGCUGGUCGCCAUGGAUCAGAACGGUUACAGCACAGACCCGUUCCAACAGGGGCUCACCCCCCCACAGAUGCCCGGGGACCAUAUGAACCCAUAUGGUAAUGAUUCCGCAUUCCAUGACAUAGACAGCGACACGUCUUUAACCAGCCUCAGUGACUGCUUCAUGGCGUCGUCGGAAGUCAACUCCAUGCAGGCCCGCGUGGGGAACCCCAUCGACCGCCUCUACUCCAUGCAGAACUCUUAUUUUGCAUCAUGAAAAGAGAACAGAAGGGAGAGAGAGAGAGGGGGGAAAAAAAAGACGUCAGCACAGAAUAAACUGCCCAUCUCAACCUGAAGCGCGACGGCCUGGAGUUUCUACACUAGCACAGACAUGACAGAAGAAACACCUCCUUGCAGUAGCUCCUGGUUAUGUGCGGAAGCUUACUCAAAGAUAGUAAAACCACUUGUUGUAGGACAGUGAAGAUUCCUGGGGAAAAAAAAGACUUAAAUAUUGGUAGAGAAUACUUGGUAGGAUUGCUUAUUUGUCACAGGAGAUAUUACUCUUUUCUUUGUUCACUUAAAGAAAACCAGUAGAUAUUGAAGCCACUGAUUACACACUCUCGAACCAAAUAACACAGUGAAUUUAUACAGUGCAUGAUCAAUUGUAAACUAAAACUUUUUGUAAGCCCCCCCGGUUAAGAUGUGGUGUUUGGACUGUUUCUUCGUCACACUACAUGGACUCCCAUGUUCACCGUUAGCAUUUUGAUCACUUUCCAUAGGUUUAGAUAUCGUGUUAAUAGUAAAUAGGUGCAGCAUGUCUGCAAGAGUGACUGUACAUUUGUGUAUGUAUGAGAGUUUGUGAUGAGAAAGAAUUGUUUAGAGGAGAAAAAAGUGGAGAAUUUGAUGGACAAGUAGGAUCAGUGAAGUGUAAAUAAUUUCCCCAGGCAAAUUGGAUGUGCAUGUUAAAAAUGGAAAGCAUUCUAUUUAUUUAACUAUAACAGGCUCUUGAAGGUACAUAUUAAAACUGAAAAGCUUUAUUUAAAAAGGAGAGCAUUUUUUUUUGUUGAGCAAUUAGUGAGUUCCUGAGUAUCACAACUCAUCUGUAUACCUUUUUAAUAUGAAGAUUAACCCUUUUGUUUUUGUUUGUUUUAUUUUCUUCAGCCAAGCUGUAAAUGAGCAAAGUUGCUAUUUAUUUCGUACAGACCAUAAACCUUUUGUUGUCAUUGUCAUAUGUGCAUUCUCAAAAUGUUAAAGUUGCUAAUUGACCAAAGUUGACUGGUUUGAUGAAUAAACAAUGUCUUUCUCCUGAUAACAUUAAAUAAAUACCACCAGUGACCAUUCA